UAUACAGCUAUAUCCCAUAAGUCUGUGCUUCGGUUGAGUGAAGGUGACCAGAGGGAAAAUGGCGUCUGCCUACCUCACACAUCAACAGAAGGUCCUUCGACUUUACAAAAAGUCCCUAAGACACUUAGAGUCAUGGUGCAUAUUUAGGGAUAAAUACCGUUUCUACGCAUGUUUGAUGAGGGCACGCUUUGAGGAGAACAAGAAUGAGAAGGACAUGGUUAAAGCUACAAUGCUUCUGAAAGCUGGUGAGGAGGAAUUUUGGGCCCACCAGCACCCCCAGCCCUACCUCUUCCCAGACUCACCAGGGGGGACAUCCUACGAGAGAUACGAAUGCUACAAGGUCCCUGAAUGGUGUCUGGACCAUUGGCAUCCCUCUGAGAAAGCCAUGUAUCCAGACUACUUUGCCAAGAGGGAGCAGUGGAAGAAACUGCGAGAGCAAUCCUGGGACAGAGAGGUCCAGCAGCUGCAGGAGGAAACUCCAGCCGAUGGGGCCACUACUGAAGCCCUCCCUCCAGCCCGGAAGGAGGGGGACCUCCCUCCUCUGUGGUGGCAGUAUGUCAGCCGCCCCAGAGAGCGUCCUGUCUGAGAGUGUUCAGCAAUGGGUGCUGGGAAAUAUUAACAGGCUAUGGCAUGCCCAAACCAGAAUACCCAUGCCAGUAUAUGGGGACUAAUUUCCUCAAAAUUAUCUGCAAUCUAAUUAUAAUAAAGUUUAACUUUAAAACAAA